GCAACGUCUUUGCUUGCCGACCGAUAUCAACAUGACCUCGAAUUGAAUCUACAUUCGCUCUUGAUACGAACGAGACUGCUCCCGCUCCCAUACUCACGCCUACCUCUUGCCGCUCGUCUACCUUCGGUCGCAUCAGCCCCGUCAACAUUCCGCAUUUCCCCAGCUUUGCAGCCGUCCUCCUACCUGCGUCUGCUUACGUCCGACCGUCUUGCACAUGCCAGCCAUGGCGCAAACACUCAUGGACAUUUUCUACUCCUUGGGGAGUUGCGUAUGCUGCUUUCCGAGCACUCCGCAAUUGAAGAUAAACAACAGGAGCUUUCGAAUGCUCAGACUGUUAGGCGAAGGCGGCUUCUCCUACGUAUACCUAGUCCAAGACACGUCCGACUCAGCACUCUACGCCCUCAAAAAGAUCCGCUGCCCCUUUGGCCAGGAAUCCGUAUCCCAAGCGCUCAAAGAAGUCGAAGCCUACACCCUCUUCGCACCUCACCCGAACAUAAUCCACAGCAUCGACCAUGCCGUCCAGAACGACUCCAGCACAAAGGUCUCUGGCAUCGGCAAUGAAGCCUCUUCCACCUCUAAAACAGUAUACAUCCUCCUCCCCUACUACCGCCGCGGCAACCUACAGGACAUGAUCAAUGCCAACCUCGUGAACCACACACGCUUCGGCGAGCAACGUCUCAUGCAACUCAUCCUGGGUGUCUGCAAGGCUCUGAAAGCCAUGCACCAAUACCACGUGCGCGAUACUCCCUCCCGCGUUGCUGCAAAAGCCGUCCGCGACGAAGCAGCCGGCCAAGACGCCGACGCCGCACGGCGGAAUGCCCGCGCCCAAAAACGGACAAUGACAGCCGACCAGACACAUCAACAGGAUCUCGAAGAGGAGCAAGAACAACCACUCAUGCCCGACGACGAAAUCACUCGCGCCCAGGAGGGCAAAAAGCCCGGCGACGCGCGCGCAUACGCCCAUCGUGACAUCAAGCCCGGCAACAUCAUGCUAUCCGACGACGGCCGCACACCUAUCCUCAUGGACCUGGGCAGUCUCGCGCCUAGCCCGACACCCAUCACAUCUCGCUCGCAGGCCAUCGCCGUGCAGGACAUCGCAGCCGAGCACUCGACUAUGCCAUACCGCGCACCGGAACUCUUCGAUGUCAAGACAGGCAGCGUAAUCGACACGAAAGUUGACAUCUGGUCAUUGGGAUGCACCAUGUACGCAUGCCUGAUCGGCAAAUCGCCGUUUGAAGCCCGCAGCGACGAAACGGGUGGGUCGCUGAGUAUCUGUGUUCUGGGCGGUGACUGGCGGUGGCCUGGCGAGGGCAAUGCAAAUAAGGGCAAAGCACCGUCACGCUCGAAUACACAAUCGUCAGUGAAUGGGAAUGCAAAUCCUGAACCGCAGGCGUCAAACGAGAGGGUAUACCCUCACCCGGCGGCGAGGGAGGUGGUAAGGCGCUGCCUCCAGGUAGAACCUUCCGAACGUCCCGACGUCGACGAGCUCAUGACGCUGAUUGAUACGUGCCUGAGCGAGUUACCUGAGGACGAUGAAGGAGACAGCCCAGCCGGUGAGUUAUAAAAGCGUCCCAUUGUCAGGUUGGGCUUUAGGUCAAGCCGAGCACGUUUCUAUAUGUACAACAGAUUAAUCGGAUUCAAUUUGAGCGCCACACGAAACAGAGACAAAAACG